GUUGGUAUCGGAAAAGAUUCACAUUUCUGCUUCGAUUUUAUUUCUCACUGGGGCUUCCAGCUAUAAAAACUGUACUACUCCACACGUACACACGCGCAGGUGCGAGUGGCAAGCUAGAUAUGGCGAUCACCAGCCGUCUCCUCCUGCUCGCCGUCGCCGUGGCGGUAGCGGCUCCGGCUGCGGGAGCCGCGUCCGCGUCGCCGUCGCCGUUCCGGAAGGUGUACGCGUUCGGCGACUCGUUCACGGACACGGGGAACACGCGCUCCACGACGGGGCCCUACUCCUUCGGCUACGUCUCCAGCCCGCCCUACGGCGCCACCUUCUUCCACCGCUCCACCAACCGCUACUCCGACGGCCGCCUCGUCGUCGACUUCCUCGCGCAGGAGCUGUCGCUGCCCUCCUUCCUCCCGCCCUACCUCUCCAACACUUCCAACGCCACUUCCAAAGCCACCGACGUCGGCGUCAACUUCGCCGUCGCCGGCGCCACGGCCAUCGAGCAUGAGUUUUUUGCCAAGAACAACCUCAGCAUCGAUAUCACGCCGCAGUCCAUCAUGACGCAGCUCGCCUGGUUCGACGCGCACCUCCGCCGGACAACUGCAGCCGCCGCCAGCACCAGCAAGAACAAGCAGCAGCUCGCCGACGCGCUCUUCUGGGUUGGCGAGAUCGGCGCCAACGACUACGCCUACACCGUCAUGGCACGCGACACGAUCGGCCCCAAGCUCAUCCGGACCAUGGCCGUCCAGAGGGUCACCGCCUUCAUCGAGGCGUUGCUGGACAGAGGCGCCAAGUACAUGAUCGUGCAGGGACUGCCGCUCACCGGCUGCCUGCCGCUGGCCAUGACGCUGGCGCGCGCCGACGACCGCGACAACGUCAGCUGCGUGGCGUCCGUCAACCGCCAGAGCUACGCGCACAACCGGCUCCUCCUGGCCGGCCUCCGCCGGCUCCGGCAGAAGCACCCGGGCGCCGUCAUCGCCUACGCCGACUACUACGGCGCGCACCUCGCCGUCAUGCGGAGUCCCGCGAGGUAUGGCUUCACGGAGCCCUUCCGGACGUGCUGCGGCUCCGGCGGCGGCGCCUAUAACUUCGACCUCUUCUCCACCUGCGGCUCGCCGGAGGUCACCAAGGCCUGCGCCCAGCCGGCCAAGUACGUCAACUGGGACGGCGUCCACAUGACGGAGGCCAUGUACAGGGUCGUCGCCGGUAUGUUCUUCCAGGGCGGCGACACCUACUGCCGCCCCGCGUUCAGCGCCCUGCUGGCCAGGAAAGCCCAGGGUAAGUGACCGCCGCCGAGAUCACCAGGAAAAUGCAUGCUACAAGCUCACAGAUUUAUCCAGUGUUGCUCCUUGCUAGCUAGAGUCAGCAGAAAUGCAGUUUAGUGGUGACAAAUGCAUCAGUCACCUUGUUCUUGAACCAUUAUGAUUUCUGAGGCAUAUGUGACGCUACGAUGAUGAUGAACAAAGAAGGUUUAAUAAGAAGUAUCCCAGAGUUUAAAGUGAA